CUUGCCAUGGCUUCCUAAACCAGCCAUGGCUACUGUUGGAACCCCCUCGCGACUCUAGCUUACCGCUUAUAGCGCUUGUAAGGUUAGAGUUCAUCGGUUGCGUUAACCAUCAGCAGAUUAAUCGUCGCUUCGCGAGCCUGCUUCUCAGGGUGCGUCGAGCUCAUGCGUUAGUUUCGAGAUGCCUGUUUCUUAGUUUUCUGUUCGUUUAUAGUAAUAGUGAGCUGAAGAUGAAGAGGAGCUUAUGAAAUUAUUCUCUCUGUGGAAUUCUCUUGCUGAAUCUUCUGUUCCCGUGGGACUUCAGCGAAAUAGCUCCUUACUGGUCCCGUGAGAACCUUUUCUUUCGCUGCCUCCGUUCGCUUCCAAUUAGUGGUGCCGGGAGCUCGGCGUCCAAUAGCACUAUCGGUUGAGCAGAUUAGCGUCAGCGAUAGCAUGCGAAGAUUUUUUUUGCGACGGAAGGCAACGGACAGGACGCGCAGUAACACUGUUACUACUCGUCCCACGGUCUAACGAACCACGUCCGACAGCUCGCCAGCGCAACGCACGCAGGGACGGCAGCAAGUCGUACUCUUGGCCGCAGAGGAAACGUCAGAUAAUGACUCCUGGCAGCAGCAGCAGCAGCAGCAGCAGCAGCAGCAGAAGCAGAAGCAGUGGCUGCACGGCGGAUUUCCCGGAGGAAACAGCGACGCUAGCCCGCUUUCGAUUAGUACUCGGACGUCGAGAGCGGUUUCAUCGUCAGAUAUAUCGUCUGAUCGCCCGACGAACUGAGCGGAAGCGGCAGCUCGACGAACGGCUCGUCAGUGACUGCCUGAUCGCGCGGAACGCCUUUAGGAACCCCAAGAUUUCGUUGACGUACCGCUCGAGCCCGUUCGUCGAGAUCAAGUCCGGAAAUAGUUGGAAGCAGAAGAUCCGCCGAAGCUGCCGUGCCGGAGACGACCAUUCGCGGGACCGCGCGGAUGAGAACCGCGGACGGCAACGGGUUUUCCUCCGCGCGGACGGCAACGGAUUCUCGUCCGCGCGGACGAAAACGGCUGAAGUCCAUCGGCGACUCUUGAAAGGGGUCGAGAAAGGCGGCGGCUCUUGAACGGCACGGCCAUUUAACGGUGACGGCACAGCGUGCAAGGAUCUUCAAGUUGAGGACGUGCUAAUGCUUUUGACAACUCCAGCGGCGAACGGAGAAUGAAGGCCAACGGCGAAUGGCGUACGGCGAACGACGAGAGAUGAACGGCGAGCGGCGAGUGGCAAGACGCCGUGCGGCUAAUGAAGAGGGCGAGUGAGCCACGAGCGUUUUGAGGCGAGCGUCCAGCGACGGGCGACGAACGACGAGCGACUAACGGCUAACGGCGUGCGGCUAACGGCAUGCGACUAACGGCUUUGCGGCUAACGGCUUGCUGCUAACGGCAUUCGGCUAACGGCGUGCAGUUAGUUGCCGGUAGCUGUCGGGCGACGAGCCAGCGCGCAGCGACGAGCCAAGAGCCACGACCGGCCAGCUUUGACGGCGAACGGUGAUCGUCGAUACGGCCAGCCGCGAGCGAAGAUCGUCGAAGUGCGAUGAACGAUCGGCGGAAGGCGAGCGGCGAGACGCGAGAGACGGACGCGCGGCGAGGCGGAGGGGAAACGACGAGCGAUGAGCGGCGAACGACGAUCGGCGAUCCGCGAGCAAAUCCCGUCGACGUGCGAUUUUUCAAACGGCGAGUGCGAGCAACGAGCUGGGGAGAGCGGCGUGCGGAUAACAGCGCGCGGAUAACGGCGCGCGGAUAGCGGCGCGCGGAUAACGGCGCGCGGAUAGCGGCGCGCGGAUAGCGGCGCGCGGAUAGCGGCGCGCGGAUAGCGGCGCGCGGAUAGCGGCGUGCGGAUAACGGCGCGCGGAUAACGGCGUGCGGAUAACGGCGUGCAGAUAGCGGCGCGCGGAUAGCGGCGCGCGAAUAGCGGCGCGCGGAUAACGGCGCGCGGAUAACGGUGGAGGGCGGACGGUGAUGGGCGGACCGGCGAGUGACGAGCAGCAAGUUGCGGGAGUGCACGCUGUUCAGCCGCCUUUUCCAUGGCUAAGUUCCCUCUUCCCUCUUCCCUCGUGCACUUUUCCCACGCACUACCCCUUCCCCUCCUCCCCCUACCCACCCCUCCUUCGCUGUCGUCAUCACUCUCGUUCAAGUUAUCCCAUGUUGCUCGUGGUGGAUGGAGGUUCAAGUUAUCCCAUGUUGCUCGUGGUGGAUGGAGGUUCAAGUUAU